AUUUGGAGGGACCAAACAUUUCUUCCUUUUUACAGUCCUACUUGCUUGCUUAUUAUAAAGCCCGUGCUGCCUGGUUUAUUUUGUGGACAAUCAAUAAAAGUGUUGGUGACCCAGAUCAAGAUUUCUCAAGAUUUUAAAUGGAGAACUGUACAAGCUUUUCACAAAACAUGGAUGAUGAAUAUGAGAAACUUAUCCGAAGGAUGAAUCCACCAAGGGUUGUGAUUGAUAAUGAUUCUUGCAAAGGUGCUACUGUUAUUCAGGUGGAUAGUGCUAAUGAGCAUGGCAUACUUUUGGAAGUUGUUCAAAUUCUUACUGAUUUAAAUCUUACCAUUAGAAAAGCUUACAUAUCUUCUGAUGGAGGGUGGUUUAUGGAUGUGUUCAAUGUUACUGAUCAUGAUGGGAACAAAAUCACAGAUGUUGAGGUUUUGGAUUAUAUUCACAAGGCUCUUGGACCAGAUUCGGAUUUUGCCUAUUCUGUGAGAAGAUCUGUGGGGGUUAAAUCUACAAUGGACCACACUGCAAUUGAAUUAAUAGGAUGUGAUAGGCCGGGACUACUCUCUGAGGUGAGUGCUGUUCUUACCCACCUCAAGUGUAAUGUGGUAAGUGCUGAGGUGUGGACCCAUAAUACUCGGGCUGCAGCUGUGAUGCAAGUGACCGAUGAAGAAACUGGUGCAGCGAUUAAUGAUUCAGAGAGGUUAUCGGUUAUUAAGAAAUUGAUGAGUAAUGUUCUUAAUGGUAGCAACAAAUCAAGGAAAGCUAAAACUGUAGUCUCUCAUGGGGUCACCCAUACCGAAAGAAGGCUUCACCAGAUGAUGUUUGCUGAUCGGGACUAUGAGCGAAAUAUUGAUGAAGCGUCUGAAGAUAAGUUAAGGCCAGAGGUGAAUGUUGUUAAUUGGUAUGACAAAGAUUACUCAGUGGUCACAAUCCGGUGCAAAGAUAGGCCUAAACUUAUCUUUGAUGCUAUCUGCACUUUAACAGACAUGCAGUAUGUAGUUUUUCAUGGCAAUGUGGACGCUUCAGGGCCUGAGGCUCACCAGGAAUACUGUAUCAGACAUAUAGAUGGAUCCCCUGUUAAAUCUGAAGCAGAAAGACAAAGGGUGGUUCAAUGUCUUGAAGCAGCAAUUGAAAGAAGGGUGUCUGAGGGGUUGAAGCUAGAAUUAUGCACAACGGACAGAGUUGGGCUGCUUUCUGAUGUCACUAGGAUCUUCCGAGAAAAUAGCCUCACUGUCACCAGAGCAGAAGUUGCAACUAGGGGAGGGAAGGCUAUUAAUACAUUUUAUGUUCGUGGUGCAUCCGGGUAUCCUGUUGAUACCAAGAUUAUUGACUCCAUCCGGCAAUCAAUUGGACAGACAAUACUAAAAGUAAAAGGCAGCCCUGAUGAGCUAAAUCAAGCCACGCAAGAAUCUCCUACCAGGUUCCUCUUUGGUGGUCUUUUCAAGUCAAGAUCUUUCUGCAAUUUUGGCUUGGUUAGAUCAUACUCCUAAGGUUACUUAUAAUUGUGCACUCGAUGUAAAUAGAAAGCCUAUUGUUGCACUUCUAGCACAUUUACAAUCUUAUUAGGACUUAGUCUCAGGAAGCAGGAAGCAGGAAGCCUUAGAUUGUUAUCUAGUGCUUGUACAUAUUAUCAGUUCUGCGUUUUAGUCUGAAAGUGUUAGGAUGUGUUCAAUGCGACCGUUGAAUGCAUAAUAGGCGGAAAGAAUUAGUUUGAUUCAAGGCUAGCAACUAAGAGUGAACGAUUUGUAUAUACUAAUAUCAUUCCACCUUGUUUUA